GGAGCUCAGCACAAACGUUAACGUUCGUGUCGCGCAGUUCACCGCUGAUACCCGCUAGCGGCACACCGCGUGCAUCGUGCAUUUUUGUCGCGAAUCAAAUCUUAUCAACCAUUUUGUCUGUAUGUAUUCACAACAUAUUCGCGGGUGAAUAUAUUCUAUAAUACCUCAUGGUGUAGACAAAUAAACUAAAACACAAAUCCAUGACUCGAGUGCUUUUGUUUGGAUGUUCUGUGCUAAUUUAAACAAAAAAUAGUUUGCGUUUUGUUCGUGUGCUGCUUGGCCACUGUUUACACAAACAAGUGUUCGUCCUCGUGCAUCCUGCAUCACCUUCGGUCGGCUCGUCAACGCAGGGAAUAAAUGACGCGAGUGAUAAAUGCGAAGCGUUGAGCCAGAAGUGCAAUUGAAGCGUCGAAACGAACCUCGCGUUCCAACUAUUUAUUAAAUAGUUAUCGUUCAAUGCCGGAUUGGAAAACCUCGCAUGAUUGAAAAAUAAAUAUCGAACAAAUGCGCAUCGCAGCCUGAGAAGAAGGAGGAGAGGAGGACUUCGGCAUCGACGCGUGGUGGUUCAAUAGACGUCCUCAAGGUGACGUCGUCAACGAGCGCGAUGCGGCUGAACGGCGACUCCAUCGAGGAAUCGAACGGCAACGGUACUCGAACGAGAGUGAAACUCGGCGUGGCGUAAAGUGAAGAGCAUCCACACUCCGGUGGGCGGCACGUCGGUGUAUAUCGAUUAGGAGCGUCGGCGUCGCGACGCUCCACGUUGCCGUCGCCGACCGGCGCGUCAUUCAGUGCCGCUGAAAACAUCGUUCACAACAAACAUGAAUUUCACCCUGGCGUGCACGCACCAUCAUCAUAUUCGAGUGCUAAAUCAACGAAAAUGUGUCUAAAAUAUACAAAUUUCUAGUGCAAAUCGUCCGCCAAGAGUUCAAAGCCAAGCGAAACCAGUGCAAAAAUUACAGUGAUAAAUAUUAAAUUAAAUGUUGAAUAAAAAAAAUUGUUCAGUUGAAUAGUGUUUAAAGUGUUCACCAAAAAAAUAGUCAAUAAAUUAGGUUACGUUUAACUCAAUGAUACACUCACUAAUGAGAUACGCCCGUUUCGGUGUGUUGAGCAACAAUGACCGAAAUCAAUGCGGACGCAUCGAAAUCUAAUUUGGAAAUGACCACGACGAUAGCGUGGAAUGAAAUGUUGGAAGCUGAAAGCCAUGGAGUUGCCGGCCGCGUUUCCGAUUUGGAGCGUAGGGUCCUGGAGCAAGGCGAUGAACUUGUGUGUCUUAAAGCUACACUAGCGGAAGCUCUGCGCAGGAUAACGAUCCUGGAAGGCGCCAAAUUUGGUAGCUCCAAUCAGUUGAAUCAUGUGCCUUCGUCAGCUCCGUCCACGCCGGCGCGCAAUGGUCCCAAAGAUCCACGCAUGCGCAAUAACUACAGCACACCUAAAAAUAAUAUUUUGGAUAAUCGACGAAGUUUCGGUUCGGCUUUGCCGCAACGCCGUGCAACUCAUUACCAAUCCACCGGAUCCCUCCACAGUGACAGUCAAAGCUCUAGUAGCGUGUCGCCGAUUCCGUCCCCAUCGCCCAGAGCCACGCCUCAGCCGCUUUCGAGGCGCCCUCCGGUGAGCAGCAGCCCACAAAGCAGUCUCAAUCCGGCCAGCCUGCACAAACGAUGGAGCUCCACUGGAGAUUUCAAUCAGAGUAUAAGUAGUCCACAAUCAAAAUUCUCAACCAAAUCAUUUUUAAAUCUUUACACAAAGCCAAACGCAAGCAUUGCGCCGAAUAUUCGACACGGAACAAAAGAAACCCUUUACAAUAUGGACGACCAAACGGUCAAGAUGUACCUGCGUGGACGUCCGGUGAUUAUGCAUGUGCCAAGUUCCAUGUCCGACAGCUACGAAUUAACCAAAGUCAACGUUGCGCCGCAGCAGAAACUGAAACUCGAUUGGGUGUACGGAUAUCGGGGUCGUGAUUGCCGAUCAAAUCUGUAUAUUCUGCCCACAAGUGAGAUGGUGUACUUUGUCGCAGCUGCGGUGGUGUUGUACAACGUCGAGGAGCAAUGUCAGAGACAUUAUCUGGGGCAUACGGACGAUGUGAAAUGUUUGGCCAUUCAUCCGAAUAAAAUAUUAGUGGCGAGUGGACAAUGUGCUGGUCAUGAUAAGCGUGACGCUCGGCCGCACGUUCGCAUCUGGAACUCGGUGUCGUUGCAAACGCAGGCGGUGGUCGGCAUGAACGACUUCGCCGUUUCGGUGUGCUGCAUCUCGUUCAGCAAGGCCGACGGCGGUGCCUGCCUUGUCGCGGUCGACGACUCGCCGGAUCAUGUUAUCUCCGUGUGGGACUGGCAGAAGGGCGAGAAUGGUACGAAAAUCACCGAAACGAAGUGUUCGGUUGAUACCAUCUUGGCGGCCGAGUUCCACCCGUUGGAUCGCAACUGCAUUGUGACCUGCGGUAAAUCGCAUGUUGCAUUCUGGACGUUGGACGCUGGCGGAAUGCUGUAUAAGCGUAUGGGUAUCUUUGAAACGCGCGACAAGCCGAAGUACAUCCUUUCUGUGGGUUUCCUACAAACGGGGGACAUUAUCACUGGGGACUCGAAUGGUAACCUGGCUAUUUGGGGCCGUGGGACCAAUACUAUCCUUCGGAUUGUCAGGGUGCAUAAUGGAGGGGUGUUUACGAUUUGUGUCACACGUGAUGGUAGUGUGAUCACAGGUGGAGGCAAGGAUGCUCGUGUUGUUAAGUUGGAUUCGAAUUUAUCAAGAAGUCGUGAGGAAGUUCAAGUUGAAGGACAUUUUGGUGGGGUACGUUUUCUGUCAGAAGGACGUGGCUCACAACUACUGUUAGGUACAACAAGGAAUUGCAUUUUGGUUGGCACAGUGGACAUGGGUUUCCAACCGAUUGUCCUUGGUCACACCGAUGAACUAUGGGCGCUGGCUGCCCACCCAACUGUGCCACAAUUCGCCACUGCGGGUCAAGAUAAACUCUUACAGAUGUGGGAUUCUAUGUCACACAGUAUUCUCUGGAGUAAAGAUAUUGGAGAACAAGCGCAGUGUGUUACAUUUUCAUCGGAUGGUGCGCUCGUCAUAGUUGGAUGUUUACAAGGACAAUGGUUGGUGUUUGACACGCAGACGCGUGAAUUCCUUGGUAAAUUUCAAGAUGGCAGCGAGCCUAUACAAACGAUGCAGUUCUCGCCGGAAGGAAGUAUGCUCGCAAUUGGAUCUCGCGAUAACAAUAUUUAUGUUUAUCAAGUAUCGGAAAACUACAGGUUUUCACGAAUUGGUAAAUGCAUGGGAUCUAACCACAGAAAGAAAACUAAGGGUCAUUCUAGUUUUGUGACACAUUUGGAUUGGGCGGUUGACAAUCAAACUCUGCGUAGCAACUCGGGGGAUUACGAGAUUUUGUACUGGAAUGCAACGACAUGCCGCCAAAUCGUCCAGAGCGGUUCACUGCGAGAUACUGAAUGGGCGACGCACACUUGUACGCUGGCGUUUCAAAGUUUGGGCAUUUGGCCGGAGCACGCCGACGGCAGUGACAUCAACGCAUGUGCACGCAGCUGUGAUAAAAGUUUACUGGCAAGCGCCGAUGACUACGGCAGAGUGAAAUUGUAUUCAUAUCCGGCAAUUCAACCAAAAUCUUUACAUCAUUCCUAUGGUGGCCACAGCAGUCAUGUCACAAACGUCGCAUUCCUGCAUGAAGAUUCACGCCUGGUGUCGACUGGCGGCAAGGACACCAGUGUGAUGCAAUGGAUAAUCUCGUAGGAGUAUUCACAACUCGAGAAAAUGUAGGCGAAUACGAGUAAUCAAGUACAUUCCUUGUCCUCUUUAUAUUUAUUUACAAUUUACCUUUUUCCUGCGAAACGUUUCGCAGUAUAUUUAUUUAUAUCCAACGAACAUGUUUCACGUUACGUGUUAGUUAUUUACGCAAAAGGAUGAAUUAAUUACUAAUACAACAAACAAUCAAUGAA